GCCUUUCUUGCUGAACCCGCUCUCUGUCGUCCAUAUUAGUAGCUGUCAGUACGUGCACCAUUCUCUCAGUACUCUGUGGAGAUCGUGUCCCGGUCCCCGUGUUCCUGCUCCUCGGGGUGUGCGGAGACCCACGAGGACGCCAGAUGCCCGGGCAGCGGGAAAUGGGGUCCCUGUCAUUUGAGGACGUGUCUGUGGACUUCACCUGGGAGGAGUGGCAGGAGCUGGAUGCUGCCCAGAGGACCCUCUACAGGGAUGUGAUGCUGGAGAACUACAGCAGCCUGCUGUUCUUGGGACACUGCAUGACCAAACCUGAGUUGAUCUUCAAGUUGGAGCAUGGAUUUGAGCCAUGGAGUGCCCCUGAAGCCUCGGUCUGGAGCCCCGCAGGUACUGACUCAAUUGAUACCAUCCAGAAAAAUCAGAAGAGCCAUUUGUGGCAAGGUCAGAUCACCAACAAGGCAUUACAUGAAGAAACGGUUCAAGCGUCCCUGUCAUCUGAGGACAUGUCUGUGGACUUCACCUUGGAGGAGCCGGAUGCUGCUCAGAAGACUCUCUCCAGGGACGCAAUACUGGAUAACUACGCCAACUUGGUGUUCUUGGGGCACUGCAUGACCAAGCCAGAUGUGAUAUUCAAGUUGGAGCAUGGAUUUGGGCCCUGGAGUAUAGCAGGAGCUUCAGUCUGGAAACCUCCAGUUACUGACCCAAUUGACACCACUGAGAAAAAUCACAAAGGCCAUUUGUGGCAAGGUGGAAUCACUAAUAGCAAGAUAUUAUAUGAAGAAAGUGUUGAAAAAAUCUGGGACAGUACAAAAUGCUAUGAAGGUAAAGAAUGUAUGACAGUGUGUUACCAGGAGUCACAGCACACAAGUAAUCUGAUGUCUGAAACGUGCAAAAGAUUUUUGGAUUAUAACUGUACUCACACUCCAUGUCAGUCUCUGAGGGAGAAGAAGGAAUAUGAGGUUGAAGAGAACAGGAAAACUUUCUUGAAGUUACAGAACACCAGUCCUCAAAGAACUCACACAAGUGAGAAGCACUCUGAAUGUACAGAAUAUAGUAAAGCUUUCACUAGCCAGGUGUGCCUCACUCAACAUCAACUAAUCCAUAUUGGUGAGAAUCACUGUGCGUGUGUAGGAUGUGGGAAUGCCUUCUACACAAAGUUAGAUCUCAGUCCACAGCAGAGAACACAUUCAGGUGAGAAGCCCCACGGAUGUACAGAAUGUGGGAAAGCUUUCACUAGGAAGUGGCUCCUCAUUCGUCAUCAGAGAACUCAUACAGGUGAGAAACCCUAUGAAUGUGCAGAAUGUGGCAAAGCUUUCACUAUCAAAUGUCAUCUCAUUCGACAUCAGAGAAUUCAUACAGGUGCAGAGCCAUAUGCAUGUGCAGAAUGUGGGAAAUGUUUCACUCAGAAGGCAAAACUCACUAUUCAUGAGAGAAAUCACACAGGCGAGAAGCCCUAUGAAUGCGCAGAAUGUGGAAAAGCUUUCACUCAGAAGACAAAACUUACUGUUCAUGAAAGAAAUCAUACAGGUGAGAAGCCCUAUCAGUGUGCAGAAUGUGGUAAAUCUUACACUACAAAGGAUUCCCUCAUUUGUCAUCAGAGAACUCAUUCGGGUGAGAAGCCCUAUGUGUGUACAGUGUGUGGGAAAGCUUUCACUCGGAAGUUGACCCUCACUUGUCAUCAGAGAAGUCAUACAGGUGACAAGCCCUAUCAAUGUGCAGAAUGUGGUAAAGCUUUUUAUCAGAAGUCAGAACUCACUAAACAUGAAAGGACUCAUAGUGGUGAGAAGCCCUAUGAAUGUACAGAUUGUGGGAAAGGUUUCAUUAUAAAGUGGCGCCUCAGUCGUCAUCAGAGAAUUCAUAUGGGUAAGAAGCCUUAUGAGUGUACACAAUGUCAGAAACGUUUCUAUGAAAAGUCAACUCUCACUAGACAUGAGAGAACUCAUAAACCUGAGAAGCCCUAUGAAUGUGCAGAAUACGAGAAAGCGUUCCCUCAGAUGGCAUACCUCAGUGUACAUGAGAGAAGUCAUACAGGCGACAAGCCUUUUGAGUGCCGAAUGUGGUAAAGCUUUCACUCAGAAAGCACACCUCGUUCUUCAUGAGAGAAGUCAUGCAAGUAAGUGUCCUGUCAAUGUAUGGAAUUUGGGAAAGGUUUAUAUAACCAUUCAUCACUCAUUAAAUAUCAGAUUAUUGAUCCAUCACAAAGGCACAGAACGUGAGACUGCCUUUACUUUCAAGGAGUACCUCGCUCUUCAUCAUAGCUGUCAUUCCAGUUAGAAACCCAGUCAGUGUACAGAAUAUGGAAACCUUUCUAUUAGGACUCACCAUUCAUUAGACAUUAGAGAACGAAUACAGGUUUGUAGCCCUACCCUCAUUGCUCCUGGGAGAACUUACACAGGUGUGAAUCCCUGUUAAUGUACAGAAUAUGGGAAAGCUUUCUAAAACAAGUCAGUACUCAUCCAUCAUCAGAGAACUUACAUAUGUGAGAAGCCCUAUGAAUACACAGAAUGUGAGAAACUUUUCACUUACAAGGAGUAUCUCUCUGUUCCUCAAGAGAAAUCCCUACGUAUGUGAACACCUAUGAACAUAUACAAUGUGGAAAGCUUUUCCUAGCAAGGUCCAGGAAGGCCUUCACUGACAUCUGUGUAUUGACCAUUUAUGUCUACAUACCCAUUGUAAACAUAAGCAAUUAUGGAAAAUUGCAGCAAAUUUAGAAUGUCACUUUGUACAUCUGUUUCAUUGUUGUCAUUGUAAUAAAUUUUAUAAUUACAUAUCUGA